GAGCGCUCCAGGUGCGGCGGUGGGGACAGCAGGGUCCGAGCCUGGGGCCCCGGGACAGGGCUGGGGCGCCAUGGCCGAGUCCCAACUGAGCUGCCUGGACGAGGCGCACGUGAACGAGAGGGUGACCGAGGCACAUGCAGCUUUCUACUACUGCGAGAGGCGGCGGGCCGCGCUGGAGGCGCUGCUGGGUGGAGGCGAGCAGGCCUACCGCGAACUGGUCAAGAAGGAGCGGCUGCGGGACUUCCUCUCCAGCCAGGAGCGCCAGGCCCUCUGCGCCGCCUGGAGCCCCUACGAGGAGGCAGUCUCCAGCACCCGUGCCAAGGCUAAGGCCAAGGCCAAGGUCCCGGCCCAGCCCACUGAGUCCCUGGCCUACUGGCCAGACCGCUCGGACACCGAAGUGCCCCCACUGGACCUGGGGUGGACAGACACCAACUUCUACCGCGGUGUGAGCCGAGUCACGCUCUUCACCCACCCGCCCAAAGAAGAGAAGGCACCGCACCUGAAGCAGGUGGUCAGGCAGAUGAUCCAGCAGGCCCAGAAGGUAGGCCUCGGGCCCCAGUCCUGCACCAGAGGGACCCCCCACACACACACACACUCCCCUGCCUGGUCUCACUUGCGGGCCACUCUCACCAUCCUCUGGGAAAUGGACCCCCGCUGGCGCUCACCUUGUGCAGCUGUGAUGAGACCUUUUGAAAGAUGGAUGUGUAAGUUCGUGGCAAAGCACUGGUUUUUCUUACUACAGUGUCUAGGUGCGCUAGCCUUGUGUUGGUAUACCUCUGUCACCAUCCAUCUUCCUUGGGCAGUGUGACAGUUGUGAGGCCCUGUGCUAAACUAGCCACUCAAAGGGCUUGAUCAUGAACUAUCACCAGGGAUUUAUUUACAAGGCGUAUCCUCGGCCGUUUCCCUAUUUGAUCUUCACAAUCGCAUGAAGUUGGUAAUAGCCUCCCUUCCCCUCUGGGCCAGAUGAGCUUUUCUUAGGAGCCUUUCUCCCCCAAACAACCCGACUUUCCCAUUAUCAUCCUCUCCUGGGCUUGGCACUAGAGCCCAAGCAGGCUCAAAUGAAUGAGGAACGCUAUUUUAAGCUCUAGCAGUGGCUUGGCCCAGUGUUGGGUGCUCCCACAAAGCACUGGACCAAGCUCAGGAAGAGGCUCCUACUUUGCCCAUCUGCUCUGCUUGGGUGUUGAGAGAUGUUUCCAAGGAGCCUGGUUAGAAUACCAGUUGGACAGCUGGCUGUGGGGUCAUUGCUGUGGUCAUGGAUCUUUUCACUGAUGGGGAUAUAUUCCAAGACAUUGUGGAUGCUGCCUGUAAACGCCGGGUUCCUGUAUACAUCAUCCUGGAUGAGGGUGGAGUGAAAUACUUUUUGGAGAUGUGUCAGGGCCUAGAGCUUGCAGACUUCCGCAUUCGGAACAUCCGUGUCCGCUCUGUGACAGGAAUUGGGUUCUACAUGCCCAUGGGGAAGAUCAAGGGGACUCUCUCAUCAAAGUUCCUGAUGGUCGAUGGGGACAAAGUAGCUACCGGCUCUUUCAGCUUUACCUGGAGCUCCUCCUAUGUGGACAGGAAUCUCCUCUUGCUCCUGACAGGACAGAACAUGGAGCCCUUUGACAUAGAGUUCCGGGAGCUGUAUGCCAUCUCGGAGGAAGUGAACUUGCACCAGCACCUGGGCCUGGCAGGCAGGAUUGGCCUCAACUACUCCUCCACGGUAGCUCGAAAGCUUAUCAACCCCAAGUACGCAUUGGUGGCAGGCACCCGCCGUCCUCCAGGAGAGAUGAUGCGCUGGGCGGCCCGGCAGCAGCGAGAAGCUGGUGGCAACGUAGAGGGGCAGGAGGAGGGCAGUGGCGGUGGUGAGUCUGCCCGGCGUCUGGAGAGCUUUCUGAAUGACCUGGUCACAGUAGAGCAGAUAUUGCCCACUGUGGAGCCCAUUUCCCCAAGAUUGCAGAGACCUACCAAUGGCAGACCGGUCUCUCAUGCACACACAGACGCGAAGCACAGGUCCCGAGAGGCACUGCCCCAGAAUGGCAAGGGAGAAGCUGCCAAUGGGGAGGCCACCCCAGCCAAGGAGGGCAAACGCUUCAGCAGCAGGCUCUUCAGCCGUCGAGUGAAGAGGCCUGCAGUGCCCAGCAGCAUGGCCAGCUCCCCCUCCACUGAGACGUUUGCCGAUGUGGAGUUUCCUCUGGGAAAGAGGCACAAUGAGGGUUCCAAUGCCAACAUAUCAGGUAAAGGAAUCACCAAGGCCAGCAACUGUGUGAUCUCCUGAGCUGCAGUGCAUUGGUGGGCAGGACCUGCAGAUGCCCACCCAUCCGGUCCUAUGCUGAGGAGAAGAACAUGGCCUCUUCCCUGUACUAGGUCACACAUCAGACCCUCAGCAGGCCUCCUACCCUGUAGCCUCCAUUCCAGUCUUAGUGCUGGAAUUCCAAACAGCAGAGUCUGAAUCUCUUCUCAGCAUCUAAACCGUCGCAUGGCUGCAGCAGACCGCGGUGGCCUGACAAGAAACACCGCUACCUUGUUUACAUGAAGUAGACGCCUGCCUAGUGUCUGCUUUCCUUGUUGCCAACCUGUCCUCCACUGGGCCAGCCCUCCUUACAGGUCCUCGGGUGGGACAAGGGCCAUUCUUUCUGCCUUGGUAGGACAGAAUGUCCAAAGCAGCCCCAGCCACUUUGCCUUCUUCUUGGACAUCUGGUGCUGUCUAGUUCUCCAUAUCCCAGAGGUUGGUGGGAAAAAUGGAAGAAGGUGGGACUCUGAGCCAGUCUUGCUCCAGGUGGACUAUGCAGCUGGAAUGGCUGGAAUAUUGUCUAUUAUGGUCUUCAGACGCUCAUUUCUGAUGGCUCCUGAACUAGUCUGCUACUGGAAUUGUGGUGGGGAUAGGAAUACUUCUGCCUCCCUCCAGCCUGUGGCAGGAUCUGACAGUGCUGGCAAAGAACCCCUUUCCUUUCUACACUGUAGCCUGCCUGAGUGCCCUGGGAUUCCCUGGAUGGUGCUGUUGAAAGCUAGAGCUUGUAGAGUGCCUUUCUCGGGCCUGCUCCUUUCAGUAGGCUUUUGUUUACAGACCCUGUGGAGGGUGGGAGGAGGAUGGGCCCUCAGGACAUGAACAUUUGUGGUUCCUCCCAGCCCACCCCCCAUUACCCACUAGGGCUUCCUUCAUGAAACUUCAGCCAAAGACUAGCCAUAGCCUCUUUCAGAAUUGCAAGCUGUUCUCAGAAGCCUCCGUUUCUCUAAGUCAGGUUGGCUUAAGUUCCAGGACAAGCAGCCACCUCCCCUUACAGUGACCUGUCCAGGCUGAGGGAGAGUGAGUGUGACAUAGACAUCUCCGACUGUAGACUCUGGUCAACCCUCCUGAACAGGCAGAAUGACAGAGGGGCAGAAGGCCACAAUGAAGCCCUUCUAGGCCUCCAAGCCAAGAUCUUCUCUCUUUCCUUUCUGAAAAGACCUUGGGCACCACUAGUACCAGGGAGGGACAGGGGCAUCUGCAGAGGCAGCCGGUGAGAGGCAGGGAGGAGGCAUUGUGGACUACAGUGGGCAACACGUGGCGGCCUGUUCCUGUAUCUGGCCUCCCUGCUGGUGGGGAGGGAGAAGGAAAAUAAUGGAUGGCCUCAGUCCAUAGUCCCCUCUGUCCACCCCAAGGUUAGCCCCACCGUGGCUUCCCAAGCCUUUGUGAGGAUUAAACACUUCUGGUAAGUGCUUCCUGAUACAA